AUGGAGCUCCUGGCUGCUGAGACCGUUCCCGAGUCUCAUGAGUUGUGUCCGGGCAUGGGAUCUGGUUCGUUUGUGGCCCCCGCCGCCAGCAGCGAUGGAGAAAGCUGCCAGAUGUCAGAUGUCAGAUGCCAGAUGUCAGCAAGUAACGGCACUGCUUUUGACGCUCUCUCGUCUUCCAACCUCUCUCUCUCUCUCUCUCUCUCUCUCUUUUGCGCUCACUCGUUCGACCAGAUGGCGUGGGUUCAUGAGGGACGAUCCAUCUCGUUUCCGGAUUGCCGGCGUCUCAACCUGCCAGAUGAAUUGCCGGCGACCUCGUCCUCUCAGUCGCUCCUCCUCUUUGAUUUUGAUCGUGAUGGGCACAACGAACUUGCCUUUAUUCACCCCACCGGCCGCCUUUUCAUUUACAAGGACUUUGCCCUGCAAGCCUCCAUCACCCUCGGUCCCAACCUCUGCUGCCUCUGUGCCGGGCCCCUCCUUGCUCCCGAUGACUGGCCCACCAUCGUCAUCUUCAGUGAACAUGGUCAAGUCUACCUCGUGCGCGUCGAGCUCACAGCCGACAGUCCCAGCUCUAUCCAGCUUGUGCUACAAGAGACAAUUCAGCUUCAUGUCAACGUGCGCGUGGCACGCCUCACUCGAGGCAUGACUGCCUCUUUCAUGAGCUUGAUCGUGACUCGCUCCGACCGCGUUCUCGAAAUCUUCUCCAUCUUUCCUGCCCAGGCCGUGGCAUCAUUCGCAGGGCGCACCCUUGCGUUGAUUAUGCAGUACAGUGCGGCUUAUGAUUCCCAGAUUGGCAACAUCACAGCUACCAGCAUUCAUCACGAGAUGGAUAUCCUCGCCUUGAUCAAAGCCAACGGCCAGCUCAUCUCCCUCUCCAAUUCCUACCAGCAAGACGCCGUCUCGGUGUUUCGUUCCGUCCUACAACGCUCGGCCUGUGAUAUUGCUGCCUCUGACGAGGGACAAAGCCCACUCCUCAUCACCACGACGGACGGCAGCUGCGUUGCCUUUGAUCUACAGCAGAUGCGUUGCAUUUGGGAAGUGCAAGUCUACUAUCCCAUCUUCCAGAGCGCUGUUGUCCGUCACCCCGCCUAUCCCCACGCCACCCUUGAGGAAGAUCUGUUCAACCUCACGCUUACGAGUGAGCCAGACGUGGUGACCACCGAAUCGGUCGCAACCUCCAGCCCAGACGACACGGCUUCAACACCCUCCGCUUCCUCCACCCCCACCACCACAUCCAAUGCCGCUCUCAUGACCAGCCCGCCCGAAUGGCUCAUGAUCGCAUGUGCAUGGGACGGUACCACCAUCAUCUUUGAUCGUGAGCAACGUCGCGUCCAGUAUGCGCUCUAUGACGAAGUCUGUGCUUUUACCGCCGGUCGCUACGGCCAGGAUGAUCGCACAUACCUGGUCCAUGCUUGCUUUGCUGAGGGGAUCAAGCUGACCGACAUCUCCAACAUCCCUCCCCUCAACAUCACGACCUGGCGCGAAUGCAUGGACGACGCGACGCCCGAGUCCCUCUCCGAGCUGCCCACCACAGCCUUUGAAGCUUUUCGCCGCCUUUACACGUAA